AUGACUGACAAAUUAGGGUUUGAUGAGCUACGAGUGAAAUAUAAGGAUGUAUUAUCAAAGGCAUUUUCGACUAAUAACGUCGAGUUACUCGAAUCAUUUUCAAAGAAUACCAAUGAAACUGAUCGUAAAGCCGCUAUGGACCAAGCAUAUAGGGAUAAACUUUUAGAAUUACUUGUAGAAGAGCCAAACACUUUGGAAAAAUAUGUUUCUUUUUGCAUAGAAUCAUGUAGACGACAAAUGGUAACGCCAACAAUGCCCGUCGUCCUUCUCGGUGAUAUAUUUGAUGCCCUAACACUAAAUAAAUGCGAGAAGAUGUUUACUUACGUUGAAAACGGCGUAAAUAUAUGGCGAGAAGAGCUAUUUUUUGUAGCUUGUAAAAAUAAUUUACUAAGAAUGUGUAAUGAUUUGUUGAGAAGACUGUCCAGGUCACAGAAUACUGUGUUUUGUGGACGGAUAUUGUUAUUCUUGGCGAAGUUCUUCCCGUUUUCCGAACGUUCUGGAUUAAAUAUAGUCUCGGAAUUCAAUCUAGAAAAUCUAACAGAGUUUGGUGGUGAUAGUUCGAGCACAUUAAAAGAUUCUCUCGAUGAGGAAAUGGUGAUUGAUGAUGACAAGAACAAACUCUUGAUAGAUUACAACUUGUACUGUAGGUUUUGGAGUUUACAAGACUUCUUUCGUAAUCCAAACACUUGCUACAAUAAAAUUCAGUGGAAAACUUUUGUUGCUCACUCUGGGAGUGUCUUAUCUGCAUUUUCUUCAUACAAGUUAGAAAGUGUAGAACUACAGAAAUCAAAGUUAAACAGACUCAAACCCGUUAACUCAGACAUGGAGACUCAAGAGAACAAAGAACAACAUUACUUUGCAAAAUUUUUAACAAAUCAGAAGCUUCUGGAACUACAAUUAUCAGAUUCUAAUUUUCGGCGAUGCGUCUUGAUACAGUUUCUCAUUCUAUUUCAAUAUUUAACAUCUACAGUGAAAUUCAAGAUGGAAUCUCAAGAAUUAAAAUCUGAUCAGUUAGAUUGGGUUAAAGAAACUACAUCACUAGUAUACAAGUUGUUAGCUGAAACACCACCAAAUGGAAAACGUUUUGCUGAAUGUGUUAAAAGUAUAUUGAAGAGAGAGGAACACUGGAAUAAUUGGAAGAAUGAUGGUUGUCCAGAGUUUCAGAAACCAAAGCCUCCAGUCCAAACAGAGAGUACGGAGGAAUCUAAGAGAGGGAAGAAACGUCGCCGGCCCGUUGGCGAAAUUAUCAAAGAAUACGAGAGUCAGGACAAAGUCUUUAUGGGAAACAAUGAUUUAACAAAGUUGUGGAAUCUCUGCCCUGACAAUCUAGCAGCCUGCAGAACAAAAGAAAGGGACUUUAUGCCAUCGUUAGAGUCGUACCUGGCGGGCUGGGACGGCGCGGGCGCGGGCGGCUGGGGCUGGCGCGCGCUGCGCCUGCUGGCGCGCCGCUCGCCGCACUUCUUCGUGCACACCAACAACCCCAUCGGCCGCCUGCCCGACUACCUCGACGACAUGGUUAAGAGAAUAACACGUGAAGCGGCCGCGAAUGCUGCGAACAACACAAACGGUGAUGCUUCAAGCGGAACCAAUGAGAAACCUAUAAAACAGGAACAAAAUGAAGACGAAAUGGCAGAGGAACAGAUCGAAACAGAUAUCAUAAAGGAGGAAGAUACGGCUGAUAUGGAACAAGUACCAGACUCAACACACGGUGAAGAUGACGAUAAAGUAACAAGAUCAAAAGUAACCAUGAUAACACCAACGCAGUUAGACGCUUUAGCCUCCAAACUAACGGACUGGAAGAAACUAGCAGCAAAACUAGGAUAUAAACCAGAUGAAAUACAAUUCUUUGAGACAGAAAACGCAACAGAUAUUGCCAGAGCUAAAAAUAUGCUGCAAUUGUGGUUCGAUGAUGAUGAAGAUGCAUCUGUGGAAAACUUGCUUUACAUCAUGGAAGGCUUAGAAAUGACGGAGGCCUGCGAAACACUUAAAAAUGCUAAAUGACAGUCGCUUAUACUUUGUAAGUUCAAAGAAAAACGUUUUAAGUCGUUUGCCAAAAAAUAAAUGUCAAUGUCAACUUUCUUUUGUGGUCUAAUUUGUGACAGAUAAUAAAAAUAUAUGUUUAUA